AGGUUUUUAUAAAUUACAAAACUCCGCCAAAAAAAACAAUCUUUUAACUUUUCGUCAUCUACGCUCCCAAAUCUCUUUUCUCUCAAUCCUACUCUUCUGCCUUAAAAAAAAAAAAAAAUCAUUUAACAAAAUCUCUCUCGCCAAUUUACCCGCCAAAAAGUUCCCUGAAUUUUUAUAUUUAAGCUCACCAACUUUUUAAAAUUUCCACAUUCCCCCUUUAAUCUUCCUCUCUCCCUUUCCCACUCUCUUCUUCUGGCUGCGGUAUCUCUUCAGAACGACGUCGGUUUUUACAUUAGUAUUUUUUUUUAAUGGAUCCAGAGGUGGCUGUGAACCAAAACGCGGCUUUUGAGCCUUCUCCAACGGUAGGCGAGAAACGAGGGAUCGAAAACGGGGAUGUGUCCGUGUCCAAGAAGCAGCGAUGCGGUGGGGAAUUAAAAAGAGUGGCGCAGAUAGUGCUGGUGCUGUCGGCGAUGGGGAAGAUGAGGGGCGGAGGGAGGAAUCCCACAGCGGCGGAGACGGCGUUGAUGGCGGAGGCGCGUGAGACAUUAGCAGAGAUGUGCGUAGAGAUGGCGCCGAAGGAUAUUGUCGGGAGGGAGGCGAUAGGGAAUGUGAUUGAAGAGUUGGGCCUUAAUUCCAAACUCAGAGAGCAGAGAUUAGGGUUUAGGGGUACGGGAAUGUCGAUUUCUCAGAAGGUUUUGUUUGCUAAAAUGAAGAUGGAAGAACCCAAGAAAUUUAAUGCACCUGCUAUAUAUACAUCUCAGUCAUUGCAAACAAAUGUCAUUGGAUCAGCCGAAAACCGUGGAGCAUCACAUGCAGUUCACAUUUUACCAUCAGAUCGACCAAUUCAUGCAACUGUAUCUUCUGGAAGCUUCCCAGUUUCUUUGCCCCCUGCUCAUGUUACAACUGCAGGUUCAACUUCCUUACAGCAUCAAUUGCCCUCCAGUGAUGUAAAAAUGCCUUCAAUGUCUACUGGACUGCCAAGUGGCCAUAUAGGUAGGGAUUCGUCUUCAUUUGCAUACCCCAGGGUUGAAGGACCACAAAUUAAGUUGGAUGGAGGAUCAAAUGUGGCUUCUUAUGUCUCCCAAGUACCAGCUAAUUCUUCAGCAAGCCAUCCACUUGUGAAUGCUCCAACUUGGUCUAUACAGGCUCAACCUGCAGUAUUAGCCAAAUUCAGUCAAGAAAACAAGGUUUUGACACAUAAUCCUACUAAGAUUGAAGGAAGUGCUGGUCUGACUACAUCACAAAUGGCUCCUCAAGCAGUGAGAGACCAAACCUUUAGACCAUUCAUUACUCAAACUGCAACUGGAACUUUUCCAAGUGUGCACCAACCUGUGCAAGGCAUGAACUUUGCACAAGCUCCUCCAUCUAUUAAUAAUCACAAUGAAAUUGCUCGAAUUGUUCAAAAGUUGUUACAACCAAAGCUUCCAGAGCAUCCUACUUGGACUCCUCCUUCUAGGGAGUAUAUGAAUAAGGCUUUGACUUGCCAAACAUGCAAACUUACCAUUAAUGAAGUGGAAACUGUGCUGCUUUGUGAUGCAUGUGAGAAAGGAUUUCACUUGAAAUGUUUGCAGUCAAACAAUCAGAAAGGAAUCCCUAGAGGUGAGUGGCACUGUGCUAGAUGCUUGUCAUUGUGCAAUGGGAAGCCUUUGGCCCCUAAAUAUGGUCGUGUCAUGAGAAAUAUCAAUGUACCCAAAGUGCCUUCUAGCACAGCUGAAGCUCAGUCAUCUUCAGAGAAGAAAGUGGAAAAUCUAGACCUAAUGGUCAAUCAUGAGAAGGUAACAGCAAAUGGAAGCUCUGCUUUACAGACACCUGCUGUGGCUGGUACAGCGGACAGCAACUCUGUUGAGUCAGCAUCUGGUUCUAAGAUUCUAAAAGGGAACUUGACAAAACCUUUGGAGGCUGUAUGUGAUUCUCCUUCUGUUGCCACAGUAAGUGACAGACCUGAAGAACAUUCUCAAAUAACUGAAUCAUCUAUUCCUGAAGAAAGAAAAGAUCCUGCACCAGCAUCACAACCUGCUGAUACAUCAUCUAACACAAUCAGCAACAAGGUGGAUCAUUCACAGCCUUUACAUAACUCACAAGAUAACCAAACAGGGCAGCAAAACUGUGCUGAAGUUCCUUUGAAUAAUUGUCAUGAUGAAAGUUCUGGUGUUAAAGAUUUGGAGAAAGGCUUUUUGAAAGGAGAUAUUGACUGCAGUAUCAGGAGUAAUCAAAAUGAACAAGAUGCUGCAGUUGCACAAGUAAAUUCUAUUGGAAAUUCUGGAGCUACUAUUGAGAUUUCAAGGCAUCCUGAGUUUUCUUCUGAUGGUUUGCAUACUGUUGAAUGGACUGGUGAUGUAUUUCAAGUUGCGGAUGGGAAAAAGUUUUACCAGUCUUGUUGCAUUGAUGGCAUAACUUAUAAAGUGCAUGAUCAUGCUCUUGUUCAUUCUGGCCAGGAUAAACUGAUACCAUCCAAGCUUCAGGCAAUGUGGGAGGAUGGUAAAACUGGGUCAAAGUGGGUAGUUGUGAAAAGGUGCUAUUUUCCUAGUGAUUUGCCGGAAGCUGUUGCUCAUCCAUGUAACCCCGAAAGCUGUGAGGUUUAUGAAUCUAAUAACGAUAGCACUGUCAUGGCAAGCUUGAUUCAAGGCCCAUGUGAAGUUCUCCCUGCUGCUAAAUUUGAGGAAGAAAGGGAAAGACGAAGUCAGAUAGGAAUUGCGGCAAAUGAAGGAUUAAGGGCAAUUUUUUUGUGCAAAUGGCUUUACGAUGAAUUCAAAGGAAGCUUUCAGCCUAUAUCAAAUUAAUAUGGUUAUGCAUCUGCAUACUUAGCAUGCCAUCACUUUUUCUGUGGCAAAUUAUAUCCUCAACUCAUCAGGUAAUCAAAUUAACAAUAUCUUGAUCAUACAAGAGAAACUUUGUUUCGCAAUUAGCUUGUAUUACCCGGACCCAUUUAAUUUUUUGAAACAUUUUUGGAUAUACUUAUAUAACUGAUUAUGUCAAAGCAGGUUAAAUUCCUUGCUCAAGGCCUAACUUCGCCUAUUGGGCUUAAAUAGGCCCGGUUACUGUUUAAACAGUAUUGAAAUACCG